GCAAGCUCUCUUGCGAUUUAGACCUAAAUCAGUCUACACGAUUACCAAAAACAAGUUCCUGAGCUAAUGUCUAGACUAAGACCAACUAGCAAGUCUUGGCUCACCGCUGCCAAGACAUCGAAGGGCUCUUCCAACUCGAAGUCCUUGUAGCAGCGCCGCCAUAUCUAGCUACGAACUGUUUUUUGAAGAUAUCAGACGCGUCAUUUUUACGCGACUCUCUUUAAGCAGUACGCAAGUCGAAUAUUUCCCAGUUGUUUUGAACGAGGCAAUUGUUUUGACCGGAGAGGAGGACAUGGCAGACCUUGGUGUGAAAGCAGGAGAUAAGGUGCUUUUGGUGUGGAGCCAGCCUUCGUCCCCAACAACCCUGAAGGAGCUGGCAGAGUGUCUAGGGGCCAUGGUUGGCACCGAUGGCCGUGUGUCCCUGGAGAAUAUGGAAAGACUUAUGAUGUCUUCACAUGCAGCAUCAAGCUACGACUGGGUCCUCGCAAGUGUACUCUCUGACAGCUUUUCUGUCCACACCUCAGAGACACUAGCAGAGAUGGCCAGAGUGAUCAAACCUGGCGGAAAACUAGUGCUUGAAGAACCUGUUACAGGAACUGAUGACCAAAAAGUGAGGACUGCUGAGAAGCUUAUAUCAGCCUUGAAGUUGUCUGGCCUGGUGUCAGUGACUGAGGUCAGUAAAGAACCCCUGACCCCAGAGGCUGUGUCUGCCCUGAAGACAUACACAGGCUUCCAGGGUAACACACUAUCCAGGGUGCGCAUGUCUGCUUCUAAACCCAACUUUGAAGUGGGCUCUUCAAGCCAGCUGAAGCUUUCCUUUGGGAAAAAGACCUCAAAACCAGACAAACCUGUACUUGACCCCAAUGCUGCCAGGGCGUGGACCCUGUCAGCCAAUGACAUGGAUGAUGAUGAUGUGGACCUGGUAGAUUCAGAUGCGCUGUUGGAUGCAGAUGACUUUAAGAAGCCAGACGCAUCCUCCCUCAAAGCGCCCUCCUGUGGUGAUGGAACCACCAAGAAAAAGAAGGCUUGCAAGAACUGCUCAUGUGGUCUUGCUGAGGAGUUGGAACAGGAGAGCAAGGGUGCCAAGACAAUCAGCCAGCCCAAGUCCGCCUGUGGAAGUUGUUACCUGGGCGAUGCCUUCCGAUGUGCCAGCUGUCCGUACAUUGGGAUGCCUGCCUUCAAACCUGGGGAGAAGAUUGUACUAGCCAACACAGGGCUAAAUGAUGCCUAGGAACAACCACAAUAUAUACUUUCUGGAAUAUCACAUUCCUUACAUCAUUCUAACCUCCCACCCCCUGGAGUCAAUGACCAAUGCCAGGUUCUCACGUAGAAGAGCCAUUCUGACCAUCUCAAGUAGAAGAGCAAAAAGCAGGUAGUUUGAAGUAAAUGUAUUUGGAGUAGCGAAACAAUCCAGGUUACAGGCUUAUUUGACCAUGUAAAAACUGUUCCUGGACAUACAAUGAAGAUUUCACAGGGCACUCACCAUAUUAACAUACAGGUGUCCAUAAUAAAUGUCAGUUCAAUUAACCGUGUGUAUAUUACUAUCUGUAUUGUUUUCUACAAAAAUAUGUCUUAUUAAAUGGGAAAUCCUGAAAAUAGACUAAGUCA